AACGCCUCCGCGGUGGGGCGGGACUUCGCCUACCUAGCUUCCUCUUCCGGGUCAGCGCGUCAUGUGAGGCUGAAGUUGACCGAGCUGGAUAUUGCCUGCCAUGGCGGCCUCUGAGACAUCCGACUCGGAGGUAGAGGAGGCCGGGCAGGCCUUUCUUUUAAUGAAGAAGGACUAUCGGAUUUCACGCAACGUGCGCCUGGCCUGGUUUCUCAGCCGCUUGCAUCAAGUUAUCUGGGCGGUGCCUGAGUCAGAACUGGUGAAAUCAGACAAUGAGUUGGAUGUUCUCAGUAUACUGCCAAACAGCUGGCAACCUGAUGAACCUGUGCAGCCCAGGCCCUACCUCCUAGUGCCUUCCACACAAGUCACUUUCCUUGCACGCCAGUACCGAUUUGUAAUUGAACUGGAUUUGAGUCCUUCUACAGGGAUUGUGGAUGACUCUACAGGGGAGAUCAUUUUUGAUGAAGUAUUCUAUGCCCUCUCCCGGUGCUUAGUGGGAUUGUUAAAACCUUUUCAAAUCCCAGGCUCAGACAUUAUCUACCAACCAGAGAUCUUCAUCACUAUCCAAGCUUAUUCUUCCAUCAUUGGCCUACAGACACACCAGGUGCUGUUCCAGGGUUGUCUGUUGGACGAGACGAAAACCGAGACCUUCUUGAAGCAAGUUUAUACUCAGCUAUGCACCUUUGAAAACAAAGUGGCUGAGAUGCUUCAGCAGCAGUAUGAACCCAAAACUCAGGUGGACUUGUCGUUUCUUAACCAGGAGCGUCUGUGUGACCCCCAGGAGCACUUGGGGAGGAAGUUGGGAGUCUCCAUGGUCACUGCUGAUGUUGGGCUUGUCAGCAUGAUUCGACAGGGAAUUCUGGCACUGCAACUCCUGCCCUCUAACUCCAGUGCAGGGAUUAUUGUGAUCACGGAUGGCGUUACUAGUGUCCCAGAUGUAGCUGUCUGCGAGACUCUGCUUAACCAACUACGCAGUGGGACUGUUGCCUGUUCAUUUGUUCAGGUGGGAGGAGUCUACUCCUAUGACUGUAGUUUUGGCCAUGUUCCCAAUGUGGAGCUCAUGAAGUUCAUUGCAAUGGCAACAUUUGGCACCUACCUUUCUACAUGUCCUGCAGUGGAGCCUUCAAGUUUGGACCUGAAUGUCUACCACAAGGCUUUUCUGCUGUACUCCUUUCUGCGCAGUGGGGAGUCCCUGAACCCUGAGUAUUACUGUGUUUCUCAGCACAGACUGUUCAACGAACACCUUGUUUCUGCAAGCAGCAACCCUGCCCUGGCUAUGCGACGGAAGAAGCAUACGGAGAAGGAGGUGCAUGCUGACCUUAUCAGUAUAGUCUCUGUGAGACUGCGAGAGGGUUAUAGUAUACGUGAGGUCAACGUCACAAAAGGUGGCACGCAACUAGAAGUAAAGCUGGUCCUGCUCUGGAAACACAAUAUGAGGAUUGAAUACCUGGCAGUAGCGCCGUGGCCCCUGGACCCUUCCAAACGUAGCACAUGGGUGGAAGUGACCAUGGAGGGCAGCUAUGACAUCUUGCAUGACAUUAGCUGCACCAUGCGGAAGCCCAUCACCAGCCUGUACCGCACAACUGUGAUACGGCGCUUCUGGAACACCCUACAAAGCAUUAACCAAACUGACCAGAUGCUGGUUCAUCUGCAGUCAUUUGACAGUGUCCCAGAACAUUUCACCAUCCCUGAAAGCACCAGAAAUGGAGUGCCACUGUUCUACAUUCCUCCAGGAUCCACCACACCGGUACUGUCACUGCAGCACAGCAGCUCAGACUCCAGUCACUCACAGUUUGCUGCUUAUUGGAAGCCCAUCCUGUCAAUGGAUGCCAACUUCUGGCAGAGAUGGCUGCACAUGCACCGCAUUGUUAUUCUCUUGGAGCAUGACAUGCCAGUCCCAAAGCAUUUGCACACCCCAGGCAACAAUGGACGCUACAGCACUAUCCAGUGCCGCAUCUCUCACUCGGCACUGACUUCUUUGCUGCGUGAUUGGAGUAGCUUUGUGCUGGUGGAAGGCUAUUCCUAUGUCAAGCUCAUGCGCAGCUCCGAGGAUCAGUCUCCUUUUUCAUUUUAUGUGGUGAGAAUCAUUUCCAAAGCCCCCUGCAUGGUUCUUCGGCUGGGAUUCCCAAUUGGGACACUUGCUAAGACCAGGAACGGAAUAGUGGAGGAAUUACGAGAUCGUAUCCUGCAGUUGCGCUUUCCCCACAGAGUGCAAAGCAAAGAGGCAACCCCCAAAGUGAAGAGGAAGAUCCUUGGCAGCAGCUCUCCAUCAAAAUCCCCUCCAGUGCCUGGGGCCCAGCCAACCCUCUCAGACAGGCCUUGCCUUAUAGUGCUGCACAAGCCUCUGGAGAAGCUCCUCAUCAGAUAUGAGAAGCUGCCCUCUGACUACCGUGUUCCAUGCUUGCUCCCACUGGAAAAUCCCCCUGUGUCAGGACCUCUUACCAUGGUGGCCAACCGCACGGCUUCCUCCACCCUGGCCUCCUUGUCUCGCUAUUUCUACCACCAGCGCUGGAUCUGGUGUGUGCAAUCAGGGCUGGUACCUGCAGUGCCCAUCACAGCUGUAGCACAACUGCUGUCUACUCUUACAGAGGUUCGUUUGUCUGAGGGCUUCCAUUUUGCAUCUAGUGGUGAUGGGAUUAUCAGCAUGGUGCUGGAGCUGCCCAUGCAGAGUGGUUCCUCAAGAGAGAGCAGCAGUGAGAGCCAUACCUGUAUUGUCCAAUAUGUGCUGUUUCCACCACAUUCCACUUCCACUAAAGACAGUUUCUCUACAGAUGAUGACAAUGAUACCGAGGUAGAAGCCAUUGAGGUGGAUAUGGAGCUGAACCUUGUUACAGAGUGCUGGGUGGAACCACAGAGCGGCUUUGUGGAUGGAGCAUCGGAAAGCUGGCGGUACCUGCAUGGCCUUACUUUCCAGAAAAUCCCCAAAGCGCUCUAUCCCCGCGAUCUGAUGUGCAUCCACACCAUGCUUGCCUUUGAGUACAUCAGCCAGCUGUGCCAGAACAAGGACUGGGUCUUCCCAGCAUCCGACCCCAAGGCCACUGCUGCUGAAGGUUGUGAUGCUGAAAGCGGUUCCCGUGUCCAUGAGAUCCCUUUCCAGUUUGACCUCAUGAAGCUGCUGCCAAAAUGUCAACAGAUUGAAAUGUUCUUUCUGAUGCAGACAGGAGCAGAGGAAGAUGGGGUCACAAAGGACUCUUCUUUCUUGCCCAAUGAAAUGCUUCUCGGCCUCUUUCAUGGCUGUCUCCAGCAUGACCUCAGCGACAGGGAGAUCACUCUGUCGGGCACGGAGCAUAUAACCUUCAUGGAGCAGGUGCUGCAGCGGGACCGAGAUGGCCACCCACCCCCAUUUAUGCUCCCAGUGAUUAGAGAGCCUGCAAAAUCCUCCUUGCCCCCUGAACAACGAGAUUCAACUAGCACGUACCACUCUCUUGGCAACAAGGAUAUGGCUACAUCUGCAAGUAACCACCAGACUCCAAACAAUAUGGAAGGGUCAAGUGAUGGGAUCUCAUCAGCAGAUGUGUCGGAGGCCCUCUUUCCCCAGUGGCGAUGCUAUGCCAAACUGGUCAACCCACAGCAUCUUUUCCUCACCUUUCUACCAGCUACAUUCCCAGACAUACAGAGACUGAUGGUUUAUGGGCCAGAUAAACCUUCCAAAGAGGUUGAUCCAACACCUUCCCAAGAAGAGCAGGCGCUGAAGACUGCUGGGUUGCUUCCUAUCGUUAGUGUCACACCAGCCAAUGAAUUUGUUCGGGACCAAGGAGAUCCAGAUGCUGCACCAAGGAAAGAAGGGCGUAUCUCCUUCAGCCGCCAGACAUCUCAGCCUGAUCUAGGUGAGAGCUGCCGAGCCCGCUGCCCUGUCUAUGUCUACAGCUGCUCCUUGGAGCUGCUGCGGGAGCAGAUGAUCAGUCCCAGACCAGAUAAACCUCUGCGGGAUAUCUUUUUCAGAAGCCAGUCUGUGGAGCGCCCCACCAGUGCUCCGUGGUUAGACCCCAAGCACAAGGAACUGGUGAGCUACUGCACCUUGCUGCAAGAACAUUCCCACCAGUGCUACGUGAAAGGGCUGUUCCGAAGCCUGCAACAGGGUCACAGCAUCAGCUGCUCUGACCUGCUCAUAGCCAUGGAUUACUGCGAGGAGCUUCUGCAGGAGAUAGACAUCACUAGCUUCCUACUUACGCUGUGCAACCAUGUGCGCUCCUUCUGUGAGCGCCACCAACACCUGCCCACCAGAUUGGAAGGGGAAGUAAUGCAUGCCUCCAAAGUGCGGGGUGUGCUAGUCUCUGUCUCCAGUACUGAGACGGAGGAUUUUAGUGAGUCAGAGUCCCAUGUUUCUGCCUGCCCUUCCCAGGAGCCCAGCCACGCCUGCUGUCCAGAGUUCCCCCUCUCACUCCUUGAGAGCAGCCAGCCCUGCCAAGUACACCCUGACUUGCACAAAAUUAUCCAGGAAAAGUUUUUGGAGAUUGGCAGCUUGCAUUUUAAACCAGUGCCAUCCAACCCUCAUUAUUUCUUCUACUGUCCACCUUCUGCCAAAAAAGAGGAGGAUACAUCUCGGGACCAUGCAGAUAGGAAAGGCAGUGAAGACAUGGAGAGCUCAGAAACUGAUAUGGCAGCUGAUGAAGGGAAUACAUCUGCCUGUGUCAUUGGCACAGAGAGUGACACAGAACUGGAGGUGGAGUAUCGGGAGCAGCUGGACCAUGAAUUUCUGGAAGCAGACUCCUUGUCAGACUCCAACACUGUUAACCAGGAUGAGGACUCCUUCAGUGUGCUGGGAGACUCUCUGGCAGAGCAAGAGCUGCUCGAGCAGGACAUGCCGCCCCUCUUUGUGCACCUGACCUGUUCCGUGAAGCUGCGCAACCAGCACAGUUCCAUGCCUGUCCAGUCGCUGCCCACCUGUCUGGGAGAGGUGCUGGGCUGCCUUGAGAGCUGUAAGGCACUGCAAACCAUCGAUCUCUGUGACCUCUGUGUGACCCUUGACAUCUUUGUUCUGACCCUUCCCCUGGAAAUCGAAAUGGCGAACGACUUGCAUCACAAUAGGUACACCUCUGAGAGUAGCGUCUCUUUCAUUCGUUCCCCAGGGAGGCCCUCCUCAUUCCGCUCUGAUGAGGAGCUCAUGCACACCUUGGACAGGCUACCCUCAACUGUGGAUGAUGGGCAUCCAGCACUCUCCAAUCUUCCUGGAAUGCACAGACAAGCUGUUGAAGCUACUAUGACAGAAAUCCGCUGGCUCUUGGAUGAUGAGAUUGUGUCGGCAUUGCGCCACUCACAGCCAAUCACCGUUGACACCUUGAGUCGAGUGGCAACCCAUGUUUACAGUUCCCAAGGCCGCCCAAGCUGCCAUUGCGAAGCUGUCCCUCUGCAGUUUGUGUUUGGGCCUGAGAAUUCUCUGGAAAGGUUUCGUGAGGAGUUCCAGAGAAUGGCCCUGCCGGGCUAUGUGCUCAAUGCUGAGGGGAAUGAUUUCUACUAUGUUUCUGUCAGUCGUCUGCAUGCCCCAGUGGGCGGACCCAGCCCUGCAGUGACUCUUGAGAGCACCAUAACAGGAGGCAGGUGUGAAAGCAGCAGCAAGACAGAAGGCUCCUUGCCCUGUUCCACUCCUCCUGAGGAGGCUCAUGGUCUCUGGGCAUGGCCAGCAAGAGAGAACAAGUCUGGAUUGGAGACAGGAGAAUUUUUGGGGAUAAGUAGCCAAGUGCAUGGUGAGGUGUCAGAAGAACUUCCAAGGCUGGAGCAGGCCAGUACUUUGGAGCAUGGUUCCCUGGAUGAAGAAGCUACUCUGACCCAGCCACAGCCCUUGCUUGGCUCCUCUGAGAAAUGGAGCAGUGAGAAAUCACCCUCUGCAACACCGUCUGUGGCAAGUCUGGCAGACUCAGUGACCCCAGGCAGAGAAGGCUUUGGGAAGCAGCAUCCAAGUCGGGUGCAAAGCCUGGUGUCAAGCCAAGGUAGUAUGGAUUCUGAUCUCCUUCUGGGGUACGAUGGUGGAAGCAGUGACUCUGAAUGUGAGGAGGCAGUGAUGAGUGACCUGGAAUCUAAGUGCCCCCUCAUGCCUGAUUUCUGGCUCAUCAUAAAGAUCUACCAGGACCGGGUUGAAGUCUCUUCCCACACACGCAGCCUGAGUGCCGUGAAAGCAACAUUGAAUGAGGAAGGGGAGUCAUUGCAUCUUCACCGUACUGUGGUGAAGAAAGUGGGUGAGAUCUGCCGCAUUGUUAAUCAGCGCCUGCUGCUACAAGAUCUGCAUGAUAGUCAUAUUUGCAAUUCUCUGCUCGUUGCUGAGAGUGAGGAGGACAUCUGGAAAAGUGAGACGCCAUACACCUACCGACAACGUGCUGGGCCUGAUGAUUACCCUGGAGAGGAAAGCUACCAGCCCCGUGACUAUCUUGCAGCUACCAUGCAGUUCAUGCCUGGACACUUUGCCUGUGAGGCAGUUUGGAGCACUACCAUCCAUGUUCACUCCCGGCUCAAGAUGGGGCCCAACAUGGGUGUUGCACGUGCUAUCCAAGCCCUGCGCUCUGUGCUCAAUGCCUUCUCGGUUGUUAACAGAAAAAAUAUGUUUGUUUACCAGGAGCGCUCAACCAAGUCUGUUUUCUACUUGCGGCUCUCUGAAACCACCUCCAGUGGGAAGGGUGGUGAAGGCGAAAUCAUCCAGGGCCUUGUGUGCCGUUCACUGGCACUUUCACGCAGCCAGGAGCCCAUAUGCAUUGAAGAUCUGAGUGGCUCUCGCUCCUCCUUGGAGACGGCUUCUUGCCGCAGUGUGGAUUCAGCCCGCCCUGUGAGCCAAGUGGACAGACACAUCCAGCUGGUGGUUCAUGGAGUAGCACAAGCAGGACCUGAGAUCACAGAUGAACUGGUGAAGGUUUUGCGCAGGCGCCUGGAUGAGGCCACCCUGGACAUCAUCACAGUCAUGCUUGUGCGUAACUGCAAGCUCACCCCAGCUGAUGUGGAGUUCAUACAGCCCCCGGGCAGCUCUCCCACUGAAGUGCUGCAGUUUACUCUCCCUGUGUCCUGCUUACCCUGGCUCCCAGCUGUAGCCUUCUAUCUGCGCCAGAACCUGCUGAUCUUUCUGCACACGCCCAAAUACACAGACAGCAAUGUUGAAAACCACUUCAAGCAUUACUUCCAUCAGAGCAGUGGUGGCCCUGACCUGGAUCUCUAUCUAUACAACAAACCUGGAGGCCAAGGCACUGGUGGCAAAGGUGUUGCAUGUAUUGCCUUGUCCUUUAUGGAUGACAGCGGAAAUCCCAUUCCAAUGACUCGCUGGGUGAGGCCACCCACUUCCCACCUAUCAUUCCUUCAGGAGGAAGAUUUUGAGAGCUUGACUGCUGUCAGCAAGCACCAAGCAGAACCUGGUGCAUCACAGCCAGGCCUAUGUCCUCUAGUGCGCCUGGACAUUUGGGAGAAAGGCAACAUCAGCCUGCUGCAGCUGUCAGAAAGGUUGUGCAGUGCUCUGCGCCAUGCCUUGUGUGAUGCUCUCAUGGAGUUCCGUGUGCUGCCCAAUCCGCUGUGUUUGGAGUCUCCCAUUGAGCCAGAGGAGCUAGGAAGUGUUGGAAGCUUGCGCCGGACGAUGUCUGAGACGAAGGGGCUAACACGGCCUGCUGGAGGCAAAGUGUACCCAUCCUCCCUGCAUUUCAGUGUGCCCAACGCAGGUGCUGGUGAGCCAGUCACAUCCACCAACAGAAUGGGACGACGCUGGUACAAGCUGAGUAAACCAGAGACAGUAGAGCAAGGAAGCCCCAAGACCACAGAUGACAUUGUGCUGGAGCGGCCUGAAGAAAGUCGCACUCGCCGCCGCCACAAGACUGAGAGUGUCAAGCAGCCCUCAAGCCAGGAGCGCAUUGCUACAGUUUCUGAUCAAGGGCAGGCACAGAGACGUCGGGUCUGCCAGCUAGAGGAGGGGGAUGUGGGAAUCCUGCACCCAAUUUUCAGUCAGACCUGCCAGAGCUGGAUGGCAUUCAUGAACCGUUUGGGCUGUCCCUCUGUGCAGCAGUGUGCUGUGGAGAGUGUCUCCCGCUUCCUGCUCUCUUCCAUCAUGCUGGAGGUGGUGAACCUCGUCACCACAUUGGCAAAUGACACCACUGUCAAGGUGUUUGAAAAAGUCAGCUCUUCCCAAGGAGUGUCCUUCGUGCCAUAUUCCCUGACUCCAGGCACCAGUGCCCGACCUGCUGCUGUUCGGCACUUCACCCUGCUGGGGCGCAGCUUUCACCAGUGGCACUGCAGCACAGAGCAAGCCCUCAAAGGAUUCCAGCGUUUUGAGGCGGCUGAACUUAGCUCUUCAGAGAAGGGCUGUGACGUGGCUCCCCGGCAAAGAUUCCUUUUCAUGGAGAUCAUUGACAAAAAGCUGGUGCUUUACAUCUACAAUUGGUCUGUGGACCUGGGCAGUGCCCUGAGCAGCGGUCUUACUCGCCUGCUACAGUGGCAGAAUGCCCGUGCCCAUGUUGUGCACUGUCUGCUCAGCCAGAAGCUUGGACUCUUCCACCACUACUGCUAUAUGGACACACCAUGGCAUGAGGACAGCAAACAGGAGCAAAACCCCUUCCUGAACUCCACCAUGGAGGUAGAUGCUCUGAUUCGGAGCGCCAGUGUUCCCCCGAGUAAGGAGCAAAGUCGGCUCGGCAGUUCUUCGCGCAUCUUGCCACCGCUGCACUUCCCUCAUGACAUGGUGCCCUUUGAUGAGGUCCUCCGUGACAUCUCGGCCAAUCGGCCUGCCUUUCACAGCCCAGAGCUGGGUCUGCUUGACCGUGUGGCCCAGCAUGGAGCUCAGUUCCUGGAGAUCAAGAGCACAGAGAGGAAAGAGCUGGAGAAACAGAUGAAGAUUGAGAACCUCUUUGUGACAUGGCAACAGCGGUCUGCACAAUCCAACAUGCCUAUCAGUCUUGCAGAUCUGGAAACCCUGAAGCAGUCUUCUCGCUUGGUCCACUACUGUGCCACACCGCUGCUCUUCGAUCCCACCUUCCGACAGCAGAUCCAGGCUGACCAACAGGGCAAGCCGGAGGGGAAGGUGAAGAAGCGAAGGGGGGAAGAUACGAGUCCAAUAAAGCGGCACCGCUCGAAUGACUCUACAGCAUCCAGCAGAGACCGCAGCCACAGCUGUGACUCAGCAGAGGGGCUGCCAUGUCGGACCAAGGAUGAUGGUUGGCUGCUAGAGCUGUGCCACACUUUCCUACAGCAGUAUAUCCAGUACCUGCAGAGCAUGGGCUUCAUCCUGGUGCAGGUGCGCCCAGCCUCACCCACCCGCAGCAGUGGCAGCCGGAUCAGAGCUCUGGCAGCAAUGAGCAGCGAAGGGCGGGGCUCCUUCUCGUACACCAGACCAAAGGCUGAUGGGAGCCCAAAGAGCACCAGCCCUCUUGUUACCACGUACCAUUUGCAGAGAGCUCUGCCUGGGGGCAUUGUGCUAAUGGAACUGGCUUUUCAGGGCUGCUAUUUCUGUGUUAAGCAAUAUGCAUUGGAGUGCUCACGGAUUCCCAUGGGCCAAACUGUCAACUCACAGCUUUCUAUGCUCUUCACUGAGGAGUGUGACAAGGUGCGUGACCUCAUGCACGUCCACUCAUUCAGCUAUGAUUUCCAUCUGCGCAUUGUGCACCAGUAUUUGCUUGGGUCCCACAUGGCACUGAGACAAGGCUAUCACCUCACCAGUUUCCUGGAAGACUUCAUUGCUCAGCAUCCUGACAUUCCCAAGUUUGGACGCAAUCACAUUUUCCAAGGCGCAUUGGCCUUACCUACCAAUACCAUCACAGCCCACCAGCUGUACAACUACAUAACUGACCAUGCCAGCAGCUACCAUAUGAAGCCACUACGCAUGGCCAAGCCAGGCACUGGCACUGAGGGCAAGAAGGGGACUCCUAGCUCCGAGCAAAAUGAAUAUGCUCUGGUCUCCAUCUGGAACAGCUCAGGUUCCUACAAGGAUUCGGAGGGGCUGCGUCACCAUGAUGACUUUGAUGUGUCCCUGCUUGUGUGCCACAGUGCAGCGCCCUUUGAGGAGCAGAGUGAGGCAGAGCGACAUGUGCUACGGUUGCACUUCUAUGUGAUCAUGACAAGCCAACGGGAGCUGUUCCCACGACUGACUGCUGACAUGCGGCGUUUCAAGAAGCUGCCCCGCCUGCAGCGGGAGGCACUGGAGCCAGUCGCAGGCCGUGCAGCUUGGGAGACGGCCGAAGGCGGUUGGCAGCGGAAGGAGGCACCAGAGCCCUGGGAGGAGGUGGAAGACAGUGGCGAGUUCUAUGCAGGGGGUCCCCAGGUCAAGGUGGGGCCAGGGCUCUUCUAUACCUCCCCAAUGUUCCCACUGCUCACCUCGGAGGUGGCUGCUGCCCAGAAGCAGCUCAGCAACAUGGUGCAGCUCGCCAAGUGUCAUUGUCGCCGUGACAACCUCUGGAAGCGGCUCUUCCUGCUUGAGCCACUUGCCUCUGACAAGCUCAAGCUGGGCAAGCUCUCGCUGGGUGAACUGGAGGAGCUGCUGGAUGCUGUGCACAGGAAAUCCAUUGCUGACAUUGAUCCCCAACUGAGCUGCUUCCUGACCAUGACUGUAUCCUGGUACCAGAGUCUUAUCAAAGUAUUACUGAGUCGUUUCCCACAGAGCUGCCGCCAUUUCCAGAAUGCAGAUGCUGGCACCCAGUACCUGGUUGUGCUGAACCAGAAAUUCACAGAUUGUUUUGUGCUUGUAUUUCUUGAUUCCCAUUCAGGAAAAACGAGCCUGACCGUAGUUUUUCGUGAGCCAUUCCCAGUGCAACCCCAGAACAGCGAGAGCCCCUUGCCACAACUCGUGUCCACAUACCACCAUCUGGAAUCUGUCAUAAAUACAGCUUGCUUCAACCUUUGGACAGGGCUGCUCUAGUAUUAGCUGGAUCCUCCUGCUGGGACAAUGCCUCCCAUUGGGGGCAUGUUAUACAAGGCCUUCCUGUGCUGAAACGGGAACAAAGGAGGAAAUGCCACUGAUGGUGGAAGGUGUUGCAGAGGCUUGAUGUGAAGUUACAGCUGGCCAGACAAGAGGACAGAGCAUUGUGAAGGAUUCUGACGGGGCUGAAUGGAAUCACUAUAAGAGAGCAGGGCUGCCAUGGAGACGGAGCCCAGCAUGUCCCUUCAGGGUAAAAGGACAGUUUGCACCUUCCCAAAGGAACUACCCAGUGAGACAUCAGGGUGGGGACAGCCUUCCCUUGGGCUUGUUGGAGCCAGGCUGGAAGACUCACUCUUGGUGUUGCUGACUUGGCCCUGCCUUUUAGAGUGACUCACUGGGUGGGUUUUAGCUGUGGGAGGGUACAGCACAAUUAUGGGAAUGUUUUAUAUGAAGUGAAUGUACAGUAAAAUAAAACAGGUCAUUAAUUACAACAGUAAAA